UGAUAUAGCCAGAUGAAAUGAGGCCGCCAUUCAAUGGUGAAGACGCUUAUACAUUCUCUUCUUCCUCUUCUUCUCCAUCGCCCUUUUCACCUUCCAAUAAUAAAACCAUGGAAGAGGUUUGGAAAGACAUCAACCUCUCCUCUCUCCACCACCACUCCUCCGCCGCCGCCGGCAUCAACUUCCAGGACUUCCUGGCUCGACCCUUUGCAAAAGACCAGCCUCCCUCCGCGGCGCCUAUUCCCGACACCAUGCUCAACCUCAACUCCGUCGUCCCGGAUCUUCAUUUCCUGCAGCCCCCCCCGGAGGGAUCUGUGAGUGGGACUACUAGCUUUGAGGCCUUGGCUUCUUCCGCAUCCGCCGGUUUCAAUAUUGCUAACGGGCUAGCCGCUAGGAACUGCAGCAGGCUCGUGAACUCCGAUGACAAUUCCGGUGACCGGAGACAUAAACGGAUGAUCAAGAACCGUGAGUCCGCUGCUCGAUCAAGAGCUCGGAAGCAGGCUUAUACAAAUCAGUUGGAGCAGGAAGUGACCCAAUUGGCUAAAGAGAACUGUAGGCUCAAGAAACAGCUCCAACAGUUAAGUAGUGGUGCAGCAGGAGGAGGAGGUCACGAGGAUCAUCAUCAUCAUCAACUCAAAAAGGGGUCUCUUUCUCGCACCUCAACGGCUCCAUUUUGAGUGUUUUAUUUCUGAGGCCUGAAAGGAUCCAUCCAUCUUACUUGUUCUAUUAUUACUAUUCACUGUACUGUGGCGAGUAUAAAACCUAAUUAAGCAGUGUAUGUUGUAUUAGUGUUAGUUGUGAUAACUGAUCUAAUCUAAUGGUUGAUAUAAGUUAGAUAAAA